AUGAAAGGAAAGAAGAAUAGUGAUAGAUUAGAUGAAAGGUUAGGAGGUGAAGAAAAAUGGAUAUCGAAUAUGUUUAUUGGAAUUGCAUUUCGCUUUCUAUCCGAAAACUUUCAUAAACACGGGAUAAAUGUCUCAAGACACACGUCAUGGUGCAUAAUCGUGCCUAUCUUCAUCACAUUGUUAUCAGCCACAGGAUUUCAAAAGUUCUCCCAAGAUUUAAGCGAAGACACUCUAGUCCCAUCCGGAGGGAUUAUCGACAAGUACAAGUCGCGUUUGAUGCAAUUAUUUCCCAUAGAUCUCGCGUCAAACUUCGACCCCGCAAGAUUAUUGCACGUCAUUCAUUACGGAACCGUUAUUGUCGAAGCCACAGACGGAGGCUCGAUUCUACGAAAGUUCGUCUUUCGGCAAAUUGUCACUUUGGAUAGAGAAAUUCAAAAGUUUUUUGUUGAAGAAGACGAAGGAUGGAACUACAAAGACAUUUGUGCUAAAAAUAAUGGAAAGUGUUACAAAAAUAGAAUUCUUCGUAUAAACAAUGAACUGGAUGCAUUGAAAAACGGAACAUUUCGGUUGAAAUAUCCAAUCGGCGACACGAGCAGAAAUUACGACGUUUUAACUUUGGGUGGUGUGGAACUGAACGAAGAGGGUUGCGUAAUAUCAGCCGAGGCUGUUAAAUUGUUCUAUUUUCUAGACGAUUCGAAUAAAUGGGCAGAAAAGAAAGCAGUAGCGUGGGAAAAGCGAUUCGUAGAUUUCUUGAAUAGACUGAACUUUUCUCAUAUCAAAAUAAGUAAAGACGUGUCGCUUUCUAGAAAUGAAUCUAAAAAGCAAUUAUUUCCCUCUACUCUAAAAUAUAUUCCAGGAUCUGUUUUCUUGAUGCUUACUUUUACCGUUGUUACUUGUUUAUGGCCGGACUUUCUCCGAAGUAAACCGUGGACCGGAGUCAUGUCGUCGAUAGCCACUGGAAUGAGUGUAAUAUCGGGGUUCGGCUUAUUACAGUAUGCGGGACUUAGGGUGUCUCCGAUAACAAGUAUGGUUCCAUUUCUUAUUUUAGGUAUUGGUAUGGACGAUACAUUUGUUAUGUUAUCAGCCUGGAUGAAAACCGACCCGAAGAAAUCUGUGGAAGAAAGAAUGGCCGAAACAUUCACAGAGUCGGGUGUUUCUAUCACAAUCACUUCUCUGACUAAUGUUGCAUCGUUUCUAGUAGGAAUAUUCACUGCUACUAUCCCUGUAUAUAAGGAACUUUGCGUGUUCAUGUCAACGUGUUUGAUGUUCGACUAUAUUUAUCAAAUCACCUUUGUUGCAGCGAUUUUGGUUCUAUGUGGAAGAGCGGAAGAACGUCAAUUACAUUCCUUGGUAUUUAUAAAACCUCCAGGUAAAGUAGGUUUUCUGAUUGUAAAAAUUUCAAAAGAUACGCAGAAAACUUUGAAAUGGGUAUAA